UGUCCCGUGGUCGUGCCCACCGUCUCGACCCAGACAAGAGCUUCUAGCUUUACUCUCUUCCGAACUACGCUAAUCGGCCUCCUCUGAAGACAAGCAAACUGCCCUCAACAACCGCUUUCGUCAACCUGCUCAAUCACAAUGGCUGUCGACACCGUUCCGACGACUUCUCCCGUCCCUAUUCCCGAAUUGACCAAGAUAGCCACCGAGUCUUGCGACUCCGCCCUCAAAGAUGUAACGGAAUAUGAACACUCGCGCGUCGCAGACUGGAACUCGCACAUCAUUAAUACUAUCCUCAAAGCCCUCAUCACCGCCACCGCCCCUUCCACCGCCUCCUCGUCGCCCCCCUACCGGUUCGUCGUGAACAGCACCAUCGUGCAACAGGGUCUAAUCGACAAGUCCGCCGCCGCGGACGGCACCCACACCAACGCCGGCAAGCGCGGGAUGCACUCCGCUUCGGGCGCCUUCUGGGACGUCAACCGUGACGGCAUGUGGACGUUCAAAUACCCCGGCGCCGAGGAGAGGGGUCUGGACGUUGUUGUCAGUGUGACAUGGUUUGCGCUGGGUUAAUAGCCUCGGAGCGGAGGGACUUCAGCGUGGGUGUUGUACCACUGUUAUUUGAAGA